UAUUUAGAGGUGAAAAUAACAUAUCUCUAUAUUUUCCCCUAUAAAUAGAGAAACUCUAUUAUAGAGGCAUACAUUGGAGCAUUUUCACCUCUAUAAUAGAGUUUCUCUAUUUUAGGGGAAAAUAUAGAGAUAGAAAUAAGGGUGGGUUAGAGAUGGUCUAAGAAAGCCUUAGGAGGUAGAAGAAGAGGUGACAAGGGUGGUGCAAUCCAUUCUGUUGCUAAAAUAUAACCUCCGCAAGGGAAAAGAUAGUAAAUAAAACUCAAACCAGACGGACAAUUUUGUGUUUCCAACCAACUAUUAUGUAAAAAUUCAACUCAAAUGAGCGGGGACGCCAUUGGACCAAAACAAAAUAAAAGUGGAGUGAUGGAGACAAGACCAAACUAAAACCACAGAGAAAUGAGUCCACGCGCAUCAAAAAGCGGGUGAGAAUCACUGUUGGGGAUGGAUUUAACCAAUCCACAAAGUCCAUCGAACAAAGGGCCCAAUCCAGCAGAUCGAGUCAACCUCGGCUCGGAAGCCGAUUCUCGGGGUAUCGGCUUAGCCAGGAAACGCUGUUAGUCGAAGCAGAGAGCAAACGAAGCGGGACCAAUCGACUAAGCGGCUCGGAGCGAUCACCUCCUAAUCAGGCCCGGAGGGCCGACAAGGCCCAAUCAGUAAAAGGAGAUUAGGUUAAGGUAAUCGAACAGAGUAUAAAAGGAGAGGAAAGCAAAGGAGAAAGGCAUCGACACUUAGCUACACAAACUUAGCGGCGAGAUUAGGGUUUAUCAUCCGUACAAUCAUCUCUCUGCUAUUUGUACUUUUCCGGUUUAAGCUCUCACGAGCUCCGGCUUGCUUUUACUUUCUCCACCUUUGUAACAUCAUCUCGAAAUCUAAUAAACGCCUCUGUUCGACCCAUUUCUAGUAUUGUUUACUUCACCCGAGACCAAACUCACCUUAAACAAUUGGCGCCCACCGUGGGGCCGAACAGACCCAGCGUUUCUAGACCGAUAUGACCACCGGAGGUACGAACCCUGAUACCUCAGGAGAGGAGCCGGCACUCACGCCUCCUCCGCCUCCUCCCCUCCUCUCGUCGGAAUUCAUGAGUUCAGUCAUAGCCCGACUUGCUCAUCAAGAAGAAGUUCAGAAGACGACGAAUGAUCAGCUCGCCGCCAUUGUCGCUGCUCUUAGCGCCUCCACCGGCAACUCACAACCGCUCCGUCGUUACCUCUUCAAUACAAACCCUCCUACUCCGGCAGAAGGACGAACGACGAACCCAGUCGAUCCCACUCUUCAACUCGCGGAAACCCUAGCCGCCGAUGCUUCUCCUGCAGCGUCAGAUCCAUCAACUGUCCGAGAAAUCGCUGAGCUUAAACUAAAUUUCCAACAAAUGAGUUCGAGGAUCCACCAAGCAACGAGCGCAGUACCCGAGAUUGACAGUGUCAUCGCAUCAACAUCGCGUACUCCUUUCACCGAGGAACUGACGGAGGUCAAACUCCGAAAGAUGGACAAGUUGCGUCUUCCGGAAUACAAACCAGGAGGAGAUCCCGUCGAGCACUUGACGGCUUUUAAUAUUGCGGUAGCGAGGGCCAGACUCGCCCCCGAUGAAAGAGACGCGGGAUACUGCCAACUUUUCAUUGAAACACUCAACGAGCAAGCCUUAACCUGGUUCUCGGGACUCGAAGAGAAUUCAAUUAGAAGCUUCAAAGAGCUCUCCUCGGCUUUUCUCAAGACUUAUAUCAUGUUCACCAAGCGUGAAGCAACGGCGUCGACUCUCUGGAACCUCAAGCAAACGAAGGAUCAGAAUCUUCGCGAUUACAUGGAACGUUUUAAGUCGGUCGUGUCAAGAAUCAAUAUCCCAGACCACAUCGCCGUCGAUGCCUUGAGGAACAAUCUCCUUGUGGAAUGUAAGUUCCGAGAAGAUCUCUAUCGAUGCACCGCCACGACGUUGCAAGAUGCCGUUGCUCGUUCUCACAACUUCAUUCGUAUGGAAGAAGAAACUAAAGCCAUCUUGAGCAAGCACAACUCGGCGAAGCAAUCGGCGCCUAAAAAUGCCGCCACAGCUCACGUCGAACCUCGUCAGCAUGCUCCAAGCGACAAAAAUAACCGUAAGAACGGUCUCCUUUACGUCGUCGACGAAAACGGGAAGAAGUGGAACACCUUUCAUCGGGAAACCGAUCCUCCAAGCGAAUCCCCCCGAGCAACAGCGCCAGCCACGGUCGCCCAGGUCGAUUCGGCAGCGGGAUCUUCCCGGACCCCACCAGGGCUUACUAAAUCGUGCAAACUCCACGGUGUAAAAGGUCACGACACUUCGGAGUGCAAAACACUUUUUGCGCAAUUCCUCUCCUCACUCGAAAGCGGUGAAAUUAAGAUUCCUCCUCCAAAGCCAAAAAGCGAGAACAGUUGGAGCAGAAACAAGGACAGGAAAAAUCAGCGAAAAAAUCAAGCAAAACCGCGUCAAGACGACCAAAAACCAAAGGUCGCCGAGCAAAUCCCACAUCAAGACGAUGAUGGUGACGCCUCAGCUGACGAAGAUCCGCCGGCAGCCAGACAAAGGAUUGAAGUCAUUCGAGCCCAACCGGAGUCCUCAUCAGACGAAGAGAGCGAUCUCGAGGAAGCCCUCGACCCGUUGGACUUACGUGUACUCCUCAAACGAAAGACCACGCCAACGAAUGACAAGACUCCCGGAUCAUCCGAUCUCCGAGUCGAGCUCAAUGCUAAAAGAACUAAGCAUUCGCUGAGCCCAGGAUCCUCAUUGGUAACUACGGAAGGCAAUCCUAUCGUCGAUCUACGAGAUCAGCUUAACGCGCGAGUCGGUGAUUUGCGUGCAAAACUGGACCACAAAAAGGCCGGGUCGCCGAAAGAAAGCGAAGACCUCCGAGCUCUUCUCACCAGGAAGCAAUCAAGUGUCAGGCCGCAGAUCAACGUGAUUAUGGGAGGAUCUCCACCUUGCGGGGACUCCGUACGAGCAGUCAAAGAUCACCGACGAAUGGUGGACACCUCGCAGCGCUGGCCGCAGAAGUUCCCAACUGAUCUCCCAAUCUCCUUCUCAACUGAAGACCUUGUCGGAGUAACUUUCCCUCACAACGAUCCUCUCCUCGUCGUUUUAGCCAUCGAUAAGUACGACGUUACCAAAGUGCUGAUCGAUACUGGCAGCUCGGUCGAUAUCAUUUUUCGCGAAACUCUCGUAAAAAUGGGAAUCGACUUAAAAGACGUGAAACCGUCAUCCAGGACUCUCACCGGCUUUAACGGUUCUUCCGAAGUAAUCAUGGGAACUAUCCGUCUCUCGGUACAAGCAGAGGGAGUAGCACGGAUGGUCAAGUUCUCGGUAGUCAGCACCAAGGCUCCCUACCACGUGAUACUAGGCACUCCAUGGUUGUACUCCAUGCGUGCAAUCGCAUCCACGUACCAUCAGUGCGUCAAAUUCCCGGGAAUGGAUGGCACGACUAAGACAGUGAGAGGAGAUCAACGGGCCGCGCGAGAUCUCUUAAUCGCCACGGUCAAACUGCAGCGAUCUCAGUCACUAGUCAACUCGAUCUCACCUCCUAUCAGCAAGAUCUGCCCACAAAAGGAAGAGGUGCUCGAAGUCCCAGUCGACGAAUCGGAUCCAAGUAAAGUGCUACGAGUAGGCGCUUAUCUGUCGGACGAGAUGCAACGUGAUAUCACGGAUUUCCUGAAGCAAAACUUGUCUACCUUUGCCUGGUCGAUGACUGACAUGCAGGGAAUCGACCAGUCCAUCACGACUCACGAGCUAAACGUAGACCCAAAUAUUAAGCCCAUCCGACAGAAGAGACGAAAGUUGGGUCCCGAAAGAUCCAAAGCAGUUGUCGAGGAAGUCGAGCGCUUACUAAGCGCGGGCUCAAUAGCAGAAGUUCGUUACCCGGAAUGGCUCGCUAACCCGGUGGUUGUCAAGAAGAAAAACGGCAAGUGGCGCAUGUGCGUCGAUUUUACUGACCUCAACAAAGCCUGCCCAAAAGACAGCUACCCACUUCCGAACAUCGACAGAUUGGUCGAGUCAACUGCUGGCAAUGAAAUGCUCACGUUUAUGGACGCUUUCUCGGGAUACAACCAGAUCAUGAUGCAUCCCGACGAUCGAGAGAAGACGUCGUUCAUAACGGAUCGAGGAACUUACUGCUACAAAGUAAUGCCCUUCAGGCUGAAGAAUGCCGGUGCGACGUACCAGCGACUUGUCAACCGCAUGUUCGCUAAACAGCUCGGUACAACGAUGGAAGUCUACAUCGAUGACAUGCUCGUCAAAUCAGUCCGAGCAAACGACCACCUGGCACACUUAAGGGAGUGUUUCGACAUCCUAAACGCGUACAAGAUGAAGCUAAACCCGGCCAAAUGCACUUUCGGGGUAUCGUCCGGAGAAUUCCUUGGCUACAUAGUGACGCAGCGGGGAAUCGAAGCAAACCCGAAGCAAAUAUCAGCUGUCCUUGAUCUCCCCAGUUCGAGAACACCAAAGAGCCCAACGCUGGAAAACUCGGUGCGAAUUGGGAAGGACCAUAUAAAAUCACUCGAGUCGUCAAACCAGGAGUAUACCGACUCGAGACUUCCCGCGGAGAGGCAGUCCCACGAGCUUGGAACUCCAUGCAUCUUCGCCGUUUUUACUCAUAAAAUGAGUAACUUUUCAGAGCGAGUAAAAUGAUCUACAUCACCUUUUUGCUCGCGCCAAAAAAAAAAAAAAAAAAAAAAAAAAAAAAAAAA